AUGGCCUGCGAAACACAGCUGCUGGAAAAGGAGUUUGGUCGACUAACGUCGCCGGAGUACAAGUACAAGCAGAAGGUGCAGCCCAGCGAAAAAAUCCGCCAUGUCGAAGAAGAGGAGCCGGCCUACUACAUGCUGCUGCUCACCUACCUGGGGUAUCUGAUUAUGAUUGUGUGUGGCCACGUGCAGGACUACUACGCCAAGGUGUUCCAUCCCGAGACGGUGGCAGACUUCAUGGCCAAGGACGGCUAUGCGCCGCUGUUUUCCGACUUUGAGUCCUUCUACAUCCGACGUCUGCAGAAGCGACUGCGAGACUGUUUCGGCCGAGUGGUCACGGGCGUCCCCGGACGAUACAUCACCGUGCUGGACCGAGUCUCUAACGACUACAACACCACCUACAAGUACCUGGGCACCUCCACCGACUGUCUCAACCUGUCGUCGUACAACUACCUUGGAUUUGCCCAGUCCUCAGGCCAGUGCACAGACGCAGCCGAGGUUAGCAUCAACACAGAGGGAAUCUCGUCCUUUGGCACCCGAGCCGUCUGCGGCACUCUGGACGCACACGUCAAGACCGAAAAGCGUGUUGCCGAGUUUCUGGGUAAGGAGGACGCUCUCGUCUACUCCAUGGGCUACGGCACCAACGCCUCGGUCUUCUCGUCGCUCGUCGACAAGCACUGUCUAGUGCUCUCUGACGCGCUCAACCACGGAUCCAUUCGAUACGGCGCCCGUCUCUCUGGUGCCGUCAUUAAAAUCUUCAAACACAAUGACACCAAGGACCUGGAACGAGUCCUGCGAGAACAGAUUUCGCAAGGCCAGCCCAAGACCCACCGACCCUGGAAAAAGAUUCUCGUUGCCGUCGAGGGUCUGUACUCCAUGGAGGGAACCAUGACCGAUCUGCCCACCAUGUGCGAUCUACGAGACAAAUACAAGUUCUACCUGUUUGUGGACGAAGCACACUCCAUCGGAGCUCUGGGACCGCGAGGCAGAGGUAUCUGCGACUACCUGGCCGUCGACCCCGCACGUGUGGACAUCCUCAUGGGCACCUUCACCAAGUCGUUUGGCGCCACAGGAGGUUACAUUGCGUCGUCGCACGAGCUAAUCAACCACCUGCGGGUCAACAACAUGGGCAACGUGUACGCAGAGUCCGUGUCACCACCCGUUCUCGCACAGAUCACAGCUGCCCUGCAGACGAUUGACGGCGAGAUUCGGCCUGGUGAGGGAGAGGAGCGUCUGGAACGUAUCGCAUUCAACUCGCGGUAUCUCCGUCUGGCGCUCAAGCGGCUCGGUUUCAUUGUCUACGGCAUUGACGACUCGCCCAUCAUUCCGGUGCUCCUGUACGUGCCGGCCAAAAUGCCUGAAAUGGGCCGAAUUCUGUUGAAGAUGGGCAUUGCCGUGGUGGUGGUGGGUUACCCUGCAACAGACAUUGCGUCGUCACGGGCCCGGUUUUGCAUGAGUGCCGCGCUGACCAAGGAAGAUCUGGACCGAAUCAUUAAGGUCAUGUGGCAGCUCGGCAACAUUCUGUCCUUCAAGUAUGGCAAGGGAAUGCCUGAUGCCAACGGCAAGGUGCGACAUUGGGAGCUCAGCGAGGUUUUGGCCUCGGGCGUGGAGGACUGUAAGAAGGAUUGGUAA